CAUUCAGUAUAUAUUUUCGCUCCGAACAACUUCCAAAUUGUACAGCAAAAAUUUGAAAAAAAAAAUAAAAAAAUUUACUAUUUUUCUAUAUAAAUUGUAUUUUUGGCAAAUUUGAGUCAACAAAAUGUGUUCGCCGUGCGGUCCAUGCAGUCCCUGUGAUCCCUGCUGCGGUCCCUUCGAGUGCUCGCCCAAGUGCUACAAUGCGGCCCAGUUGGAGGCACUCCCGCAAUGUGCUCCCCGCAUCCCGCCUCCCUUUCCCAAAUGCAUCACCGUCCAGCAGCCGCCACGGAUGAUCUGCAAGAAGCGGGUGGUCUUCACCGAAAAGAUUGUGCCGGAGCCGAUGGUCGUCAACAGAUGCAGGCAGAUCACCAUUCCGAAGGUGGUGGAUGCCACGAGGGUCAUCAAGGUGCCAAAGCUGAUCUGGGUGUCGCAGAUGGUGCGAGAGCCUAGGGUCAUCUACUACCCAUCGAUGAUCCCCGAUCCUUACGUGGUGUGCUAUCCCAAGCGGGUGUGCGAGCCUAGGGAGGUGUGCCAGUCGAUUCUGUGCCAACCCAAGCCCCAAACCAUCGACAUCCCGCCCCCGCGGGAGUACUGCUGCUACCCCAAUGGACCCAUCAACUACAAGCCGAGUGCCGCCUGCCCACCCUGCCCCAUUGGACCAUGUGCCCCCGGAGGACCCUGCUGCCCACUGCCUUGCUUCUCCACCAACCAGUAUCCCGUCGCCGAGGGCAGGUGUGGACCCUGCGGACCUUGUGGUCCGGGCUGCGGACCCUGCGGACCGCGAUGUGGCCCCUGCGGACCUGGUGGCUGUGGACCCUGCGGUCCUUGUGGUCCGAGAUGCGGUCCUUGCGGCCCGUGCGCCGUGCCGAACUGCGGGCCCUGCGGCCUCACGAUGCCGUCGGGUCCGUUUGUGCCGUCUCCGUUGGGUCCCUGCGCCCCCUGCAAUACUUGCGGGCCGUUCGGCAACAGUCCCGCCGGACCUUGCGGCCCCUGCGGACCCUGCUCGCCCCCGUGCCCGUACGAAUCGCCGGAGUGCGGGCCCUGCUAUCCCUGCGCCCCGACUCCCUGGAACACGCACUGCGGCCCAGUCGGUCCCUGCGGUCCUCAAGUUCCCUGCGGUCCUGGCGGACCCUGCUAGGAACGCCGUCCUGCCGGCGUCCGGAUCGCCCUUUGUCAGAAACCAGUGCCCUGUGGACCAACUUGUAUAUCGAAUGCAGAUCAUCAUAACGUUAUCGCUGUCUUGCCACAAUCCACUACAAAAGUCUAUAGUUCACUUUGCCUUGUCAACGCAUUGACGACUCAUUGGCUGUAAAUAAAAAUCGGAAUUAAGCGCA